AUGGCAAGCGCGCAGCUCGCCCCGGAACAGCCGAGGCCCAAGCGCCAGGGUCGCGCGACAACGAAUGCCAUCUCCACACGGCUCCGCAUUGUCAUCGCAUCAUGCACGCCUGCUGCCCUCGAUUGCCUCGCUGUAUAUUACCUCUACCUCUGCUUUUGCCUGGCUGAAUACUUUGUGCCUGUUGUCGAGGCACUCUCACGCGCUACCUUGAUCAAUGCGCCGCUCCCCUCUUAUGGGGGCGCGACAUCCACGCUCAUAAUGGCAGACUCGGUUGAUCGAGUUUUUAGCCAUGCGCUCAACACAGUGAAUAAGAUACGGACGGGGUCGCAGAAACCGCCGUCUGCGACCAGGUUACGCCUGUAUGGAUUGUACAAGCAAGCCAUGGAGGGCGACGUCGACGGCAUAAUGGAGUGUCCGAGAGGGAGCGACGAGCAGUCGCAACGAGCGCGGGAGAAAUGGGACGCUUGGAAACAGCAAAACGGCCUCUCCCGCACUGAAGCCAAACGCCGCUACAUCACCACCCUCAUCGACACCAUGCACAAAUACGCCUCGCCCUCGCCCGACUCCCGGGAACUAGUUGCCGAGCUCGAGUUUGUCUGGGACCAAGUCAAGUCAAAUGUGCCUUCCUCGUCGUCCUCGUCGCCCCUGCGCACCGCCGACCACAUAACCCCCGGAUACACUUCACAGCACGAGCUAGGCCAAAGCGGACGGGCAGCCAUGAACACCAGCGCCGACAUGGACCAAGACACGCCCGGCCAGAUGCGAGGGCAGGAACAGCGCGACAUACCCCUGCGCGUCAAAUCGCCCAUGUCGCAAUCCGAAGAAGAGCUCGAGGAAGAAGAAGCAGAAAUCGACCGCGGCGAAGUCUUUGUCGAUGCCCCAGACAGCCAAUACAAUCCUACAUCCUACCCGGACGAUGACCAGCCCGAACUAGAAGACGCAGGUGUCCAGACCGAUCUCCAGCAAUUGAUACGAGCGGAACCUAUACCCAUACAAACACCCACGCCCGCUCCGCGAAAUAGAGGCAUAGGCGUGCUGGGGAAACCAAUACAGAUGAACAUACCGGGUCUCGGCGGAACACCAGCCGCCGGAAACGCCUCAGCAGCAGCAGCAUCAAAAGAAUCUCCCAAGGAAUCCGCCGCAGACCAGAAAUGGAGAAAGCGUGUGGAGCAGUCGUUGAUGAAAAUGACAGCCGAAGUCGCAGCACUACGUGAACAGCUUGAGGCGAGGAGGUUGUUCGCACAUUCGGCGCAUUAUCGCUUGUUUAGAGGGAUAUGGAGGUGGGCGUGGGCUUGCCUCAAGCACGUGGCUGUUGAUGUGUUUAUAUUGGGUAUUGUGCUGCUUUGGAUGCGGAGGAAGAAGGAUAGGAGGUUGGAAGGCGCGAUAAGGGUUCUGCUGGGAGAUGCGGUGGCGCAGAUGCAAAGGGGUGGGGGAGCCGUGUUUGGCAGGGUUAGGAUACCGCUGCUACGAGGGGGCGGCAAGAAGCCAGUCACGGCGUCGUGA